GAGGAUCGGUGUCGGGCUAUAACUUUCUUUUUUCUAGUUAAAGAUGUUUGGUUGGGCCGCACACAUACCGAAUGAAAAACUGAUCACAAUACUUCUAAUAGUUAAUGGCAUCAUGAUGCUCACGUACAUCUAUCAAGAUAAACUACUUUAUGAUAUUCAUGUAAGUGCUCUAAAAAGAAAAACCUUAACGAGAAGCACAAACGCGUUUCAAAACAGUGACGCCAUCGAAGAAUUCUUGUGGAGGAACGCAGGCCCGAGUGGGAGACAUAAGUCACCUAGCACUACAAAUAUUCAUUCUACAAUUGAUGAGGGUGAUGCAAGAUACUAUAACUUAAGAAAUAAUAAAGCAUUGCAAUUCCACUGUGGACACUGCGCUGUUGUCACAAACUCUGGCCAUGUACUCAACAGCAGCGCUGGCUCAAGAAUUGACAGCACAGAGUGUGUAUUGAGAAUGAACGCUGCGCCUACACUAGGCUUUGAAGAGGAUGUUGGUAAACGCACCACAGUCAGAGUUAUAGGUCAUGUCAACAUAGGGAAGACUCAAAUUCUCGAAAGUGAAGAGCCUAAAAUGGUUGUUAUACCGUGGCUGUAUUUAACAGAUAACAACAGAGAAAAGAACGAGUAUUUCAAUAUAGCGAAAAAUCUGUCUAUGAAUCACACGGAUGUCGAAUUCUAUCUAUUCAGUAAGGAUAAAAUUAAUAUAACCGAACAGAUGUUCAAAGAAGAAACGGGAAUAAAUAUUUGGUAUGUAUUAAGUGUAAUGUUUAUUUAAUUUUAUUU